CACUGACUUGUAACGUUUUAAUCAUUGUUAUCGCGUACCGGUCUGAGCAGAAAUUACCAACGGUCUCCGUUUAGCCAGUCUGUCCAAGAAAAAGGUUUCUGUUGCUUUUACUGGUACAGUUUGCGCAAAACAGGCUUUGGUAUAACACUUUGAACACACAACAGAUUAAGAACUGGAUCGUCAUGGAAACGCUUGACAGUCUCAUGAUAGUAGUCUGUGUUAUUGCACUCAUCAUUUUGUUGUCGUUGAUCGCUUACACGUGGGUAAAGUGGCAUAAGCAAGAAGCCCAAGCACAAAUGCAAAUCAUCAACCAGCCACCCCCACCUGCAUUUGAGGUCGCAAAGCACCAACCCUACCCCCCUCAAGGGCAUUUUCAGCAUGGUUACCUGAACGAGGCGGGUAAAGAAAGUCCAAAUCUGAGCGGCUCCCGGACAUUUCUAAACGAUGACGUGUUGAAGCAAAAGCCUUAUACCAAGGGUGGACGCGCACCUGAGUUUCAAAGCGAUAAAGUUGUAUACCACGCGAUUUCUGAGAAAAAUCCUGACACACUUCAAGUUGGUGAUAUAGUGUUCCAUGCCAAAGGACCUACCGCUGAAAACGGAACGGCUGAUGGUGUAGACGCAGGUCACGUGGUAUUCAACACAGCGGACGAAAGCGUACGAACAAGACGGGCCUCGUCGCAUAGCAAAAACACUUACUUGUAAGGAAAUUAUGCUUACGACUGCAGUUUGUGAUCAGAGUCAAUAUCUGAACAACUGCGCUCUUACCCCUCCCCUAACUCAACAACAGUCAACUGAUAACAAGUCAAUUUUAAUGUUGGUUUAGGGGAGGGGUAGGUACGUAGUAGCUCAGAUACUGACAUUGAUCCGUAAUUCAGUUGAAAAAUUAUUUUUACAAAACUUUUGUCGUAUAUUCUGAUUAAAAUGUUGUUCUUGCCUAAAGGUAAGGACGUGUAUAGCGUCUGAUGCCAUUUUAGAGGUUAUUUUAGUGGAACGUACAUUACAUACACUUAAGGUUAUCAAACCAUAAUCUGCACGUGUCAACGUAAUCUUGAGUUUUACCAGCAGUAACCUUGCGAUUCUAUCAACUUGACAUGCAGAUUUUUGACGAGUGAACCUUGGUCUACGAAAUGCACUGCACUGAAAUUAGCCAUAACCAUUAAUAGAAGGAAACACCUCGGAUCAAGGUUCAAUAGUAAUAUUUCGUGGAAUAUCGUCAGCUUAUCAGAUCUUUUUCAGCAUCUGUUUACUCAUAUUAAUGAAGCUUGCAGGAUAAGCGUCAGUAUUUUUCCUCUUUUUUGCGCUUUUGAGGCCAACACCGAGCGCUAAGGGUGUCUCUUCUUUCACAUAAAAGCUUUCGUGAAUUUGUGAUACCUUUUGAAAGAUUAUUGUAGUAUCCUUGUGCAGUAUUCUAAACUUUUGACAUGGAUUUCUUCAUUUCUUUUUUGCGUUUGUAGCGUAUAAAGAAGUAUAGUGUGAAAUAUCUAUAUAAAAUGUAAACGUAAAAAUAGCAUGGCAAUUGGGGGAGAUUAGUAUGCUUUGUAUAUUCUUGGUUGACCUAUUUUUAUAAACGUUUUUGUGGAAGAGCUAUGAUAAAUUCAAUUUUUUUUAAA